AAAUGUGCUGUGGCAGUAGGCAAACUGCAGCAGGUCUAGGCUCUCGCUUGGGCAGGAGCUAAUUCUAGUUGUAACCAACCUGUCAAAGUACUUCAUUGCAGUAGACACUACUGGGCAAGAGUCAUUGAGGCAGCUCACCCAGCUCUUUUUAGACACAGUAUAAAUGCUUUGCAGCAGGGUGUCAACCUGAGACUGCUGCAGUCUGAGGUUGGAGAUGUCCAUGAACUCUCCAGCCUGUUGGUCAGCGCAAGUUAAGAAUCUCCAAAAGUACAGAAUUUUCCGCAGCAAUGCUGUAGGUAAACUUUGCAUAUGAAAUGACUUCAUUGUGUUCAUGUCUGACAGGGAAACAGAUUAUCCGUGCAAGUUUAACUAUUACAGUUAUGCUCCACUUGAGACAAAAAUUGAUUUUCUUACACAUAUUGCUGAAAGAAAUAUUUUAUUGAAUUGAAUUUCCAGACUUCUCCAAGCAAUUCUCUACCUCCCCCACAUUUUCCUUUGUUAUAAAUGGGAUUAUGCAUUUUGCUUUGAAUUGAUAUUUCUGUAUUGAGGUUGACUCUUGUGCGAGACUUCAUAUGAUUCAUGUUGUAAUUUCUAAAUCUCAGCGUGUGAUUGGAGGAGUCAUUGCCCAGCCUCAGAGUGAACUUGCAUAAUAAAACUUUAGAAGCAGCCCAGCCUACAAAUUCAGUUUUAAAAGGGCUUUUUCCUUCUUCCUCUGAAUUACUUGGCUGGAAUUCAACAGCCUCAUAUCAACUAGCAAUCGCAAUUCACUAGUUCCUUAUUUUACAAGUUUGGAAAUAGGUCCUGCUGGUUUCAAAAUGAUUUGGACAACACACUUUAAGUUCACUCUGCAGUGAGACUCUAUGAAUUAAUUAACAGCUGAUGAACCUACAAGCCUUAAUUGCUUCUAAUUCAAUGUGGAUGACGUUUCUGUUUUCUGGAAUAACAGCAUUUUCAGUGAAAGCUUCAAGGAUUCAUGAUAAUAGUCACUUCUCAUAUCAGGGAACAAAUCUGGCUGAUGCCACCUGACCUCAGAGUUCCUCCAGUAUUUUGUGCACUGUAUGUCAUUGUCUCAUACUAGGGUACAGUGCUGGUGGAUAAAUUCUUCAUGAAAUCACCUGGGGCACAGUGCUGGCAAGAAGAGGUUUGUCACUACGUAACAAUGGUGUAAAGAACUGGAGAGUGCAGUUUCUGAAUGUUCAACAUGGAGUAUGGUGCUGAUGGGAAAGCCCUUUGCUGUAGAAAACUGGGGUGUGAUACUGGUUUGUCUUAAGCCUUGGAGAAUUUUGAAUGGCAAUAAGAAUACCACUGAACUAUCAUCCGAGCUUGACUGCAUCAACAUCCGCGAAUAGCACAUAUUCUGAAUAUGUGCCCUUGCAGUCUACUCCUGCUAACAGCACUGACUUUGGUGGUGAAAAUGGCAGCUGCUAUUUUGAGGAGGACUUCAAAUACAUCUUAUUGCCUGUGUCAUAUGGAAUAGUGUGUGUGGUGGGCCUAAUUCUUAAUACCACAGCACUUUGGAUGCUUGUUUGUAAAAUGAGGCCAUGGACUGCCAAUAUAAUCUUUAUGUUUAACUUGGCCAUUUCAGACAUUCUUUAUGUGUUAUCUCUGCCACUCCUUACAUAUUACUAUGCCAAUCGUAAUGACUGGCCAUUCGGUGUCCUCCUUUGUAAAUUGACCCGCUUCCUCUUUUAUGCCAACCUGUACUCCAGCAUCCUCUUUCUUACCUGCAUCAGUGUCCACAGGUACUUGGGUGUGUGCUACCCUAUUCAAUCGCUUAGGUGGAUAAAUGUGAAUCGUGCCUGGAUUGUGUGCAUCCUGGUUUGGACAUCCAUCAUAAUCUGCCUUAUUCCCAAUUUAAUCUUUGUCACAACAAGCAGGCGGGGCAAAAGCACACUCUGCCAUGACACAACCCUCAGGGAGGAAUUCCCACAGUAUGUUUUCUACAGUUCUGCUGUCAUGGUGAUCCUUUUUGUCAUUCCCUUCUUCAUCAUUACCUUCUGUUACAGUGUAAUGACCAGAAGACUUAGCAAAACACACAUAUCUGGUUUCAGGCCAACCCCAUCCAAAGUCAAAAACAAAGCCAUUAAAAUUAUCCUCAUUGUGUUGCUUGUCUUUUUCCUAUGUUUUGUACCUUUCCACAUCACAAGGACAAUGUAUUAUACCUUUAGGAUACUCAAGAAGAAUUGCAAAGCACUUAAUAUUGUGAACUUCACAUACAAGAUCACAAGACCCCUGGCCAGCAUCAACAGCUGCAUUGACCCUAUUUUGUAUUUCCUAGCUGGGGACAACUAUCGAGGGAAAUUUAUGCAUGCCACAUGGAGAAGAAAGGCUUGUGUUCAAAUGUCAGUACCAAGCACAAUAAGUGGGCACAAAAUGAGCAAGCAAUCAGUCUCUGCCUGUUCAGUGACCCUGGAUCAGUGAUGUGAUUGAGUCAAAGAGUCAAGGGUUUCCAUUUGGUUCUAAUGCAGGGUUUUGAUCUGAAACACUGACAGUUCUUUUCCUUCCACCAAUGUUGCUCGACCCACAGAAUUCCUCCAAAUUUUUUAUUCCAGAUUUCGGCGUCUGCAGUCUCCUGCUUCUCUUACAUUUUUAGGUCAAUGACUAAGUUGGAUGGAAUCAGAUAGAUGGUCCAGAACCUCUCCCAAUCCAUCAAAAUAGGUUUUGAGCAGAACUGAUGUCCACAUUCAAAGAUUCAAAUUACGUUUAUUAUCAAAGAAUGUAUAAAUUAUACAACCUUCAGAUUUGUUUGCUAGCAGAUAGCCACAAAGCAAGAAACCCAAAAGAACCCCAUGAAAGAUUAUAAAAAACCAACACCUGGUGUGCAAGAGAAAGAAAAAAACACAAAUCAUGCAAACAGUUGAAGCGAACAGCAACACUUCAAAUCAAAUUAAGUCCUCAGAUCCUAACCCUGGAGCACCUGGAUGUGGUAAACCAUAUAUAUAUGUUGUAACUGGGUUAACUGUCUGGACACACCCCUCUGCUGACUGCCCCUGUGGCUCCUCCCACAGAGUCCUCUAUAAAGGUGUUCGCCUUGCCCCUCCCCCUCAGUCCGGGGGCAGACACUCACCGUGGAGGUCGUAUUGUACAGUGAAUAAAAGCCUUUCAGUAUUUUACCAAACCUCAGUCUUUUGGAGUUAUUGAAGGUGCUUCACUGGACUGGGCCAAAAGCCUCGCUUACUAGUUCACCAUAUUAGCGGGCACUGAGCAUAGCACCCGGGGCAGUCUUCACGGCUCAGAAAAGAGUGACUGUCGCAGAGAGUGAGCGAAAUCAGAUCCCGACACCCUCUCUUUUCAGUCUAUUUGGCCCAGUGUCUAAAUUGACCAAGGAAUGGAACAGUGAAAGGUUCUGCCAUCCUGAAGAAAGGAGUGAAAUCAGCUCUUGCCUCUGAUCUGGGCUGGCAUUUAAAUUGUUUAAACAGCAGACCAUACCUUGGGCUAGGACCCGGCUACUGCGAAGGGCUUGAGGCCUAGACCACACGACCCAGUGACACACUCUCAAGUUCUUUAAGUCAGCUCAGCACCCAGAGCAAUCCAACCUUGCACUCGGUCCAGUUCUACAGCCAGCAAAUCUCCUCUGCCCCAUCUACUCCUUUUGGCACCCAGAGCAAUCCAACCUUGCACCCAUUUCAGUUCUACAGCCAGCAAAUCUCCUCUGCCCCGACUUCUCCUCUUGGCACCUGGAGGAAUCCCAUCUAGCCCCCUGGCCAUUUGUAUGGGCAUUGGGACUUCACUUCCCUGACUUCUCCUCUUCGAAUUCCUCACUCCAUCUGCACUGAUUCUGCGACACACCAUCUCGGCUCAUCUCCUGAACUCGCCUCAUCAUCGCUUGCCCCCUUGCUGUUUGUGGUGAUAAUUUAACACAAGUUACCUCAUAACAGGUGCUUUCAGUCGAAUUUCUUUCCUUUUUAACUGCCAGUGAGCUGUCAUGUACAUUUAGUAGCGUCAUCUUAACUGGAAGAAUUAGAGCUGUGGUAGCCCAAACCCACCUUGCCAUCUGAGCUGGUUAGUGACAAUCACAGGGAAUAAAUUAUUCAGUGGCAGUAGAGUCCUUUGUCAGACUCUUAUUCUAUGGCAGUCUGUGUGUUUUGAUCAAUUCCUUGUAUUUCUGGGGACCAUUGCCCAACCUUUGUGAAAUCCAAAAUGUGAAAAAGCUGGAGAAAAUGUAAAUACUAUACUUUUUGAAAGCAGAUUGCUUCAACAAUUUUACCACCUUAAAACUUCCCAUUCUGAGUGGUUGCAAUUGUAUUUUUUUCGGCUUCACCUCUUUGAAAGUGUUUUCUUGUGUUAAUGGUGCAGAUCUAAAUGAAGCUUCUCAAGCUUACAGCAUUACCAAACAUAUUUUUUACUAGAUUUUGUAUCAAAGUUUGCACUCUAUCUUUUGUGCAAUUUCAACUUGUAUUUGGAUUUAUAACUUGCAAUAUUUAUUUUAAAAUUUUCUCAGUUUGCAUUUUUGUAUUUUGGAACAUGUGCCUAGUUAUUUCUUUAUUUGGACUAGCAUGGAACUUUAUUUUAGAUUUGAUUGAAUCUGCCUGCUUUUGGGAUAUCCACGAGCAGUGUUAAGUAGGACAAAAGCACGAUGAAAGGAUUUUUUUUCUGCUGGAGUACCACAGUAAAACAAUGUCAUUUGGUGAUCGGCUUAUGAAAUUUGACAAGCAGUAAGUGGAUGGUUUCUUAUCAAACUAUUUCUCUUCUUUAGGGUCCUUCUGCUGAGAUAAGACUAUUAUCUCUCCAUGUCUAAUCAGUCUAAGUUCCUGCUGAGUGAAGGAACAACACAAAACUGAAGUCGAGUGCUGUACUUUGCCAUUCAGUCAUUAUUGCCUAUAUUUGUAUAGUUGAAAAUGUUGAAAUAAGAUCCUUUUCUUACCCUGAUGUAAAAGUGAUGGAAGAAAGCUUAUCUGUAAAGUACAUAAUAAUGAAGGGUUGGAGCUAAUAUGACUACCAGAAAUUAAUGUCAACACUGUACUUACCAAAACAAACACUCAGAAUAAAUCCCAUAUCCGGGGAGAGCUAUGUGACAAUGGCAGCAUGUAUUUGACCAAAAAUCUUUGAAAGAAAAUAGACACAUAUUUGCCAGAUGUUGUAGAUACUGUAUUCAGCUCAUACUGUAAUGGACAUUAGGGUCUUAAAGAUUAUUGCAAUCAGAAAUUUCUGUUGUAGAAGUGCUUGCAAGCAGUGAUGUGAGAGGGAUGGGGACUUCUUGUAAGGUCAGAGAAAGAGAAUAAUCUUUAAAAAAACUAACUGAAAUAUUUUCAAAUAUAAAUGAAGUAAAUAAGUUUUCACAUUUUUUGAAUAUUUGUGAAAUGUUAAAUAUAAAAUAAUUAACAUAACUCACUGGUCUGGCAAAAAAAAGUUAGGCAGUGAUCAAAAACAGACAGCCAUGGUGAGCUUAUUCAUUGAAGAGCAACUGAUGACAAAGCCCAAAUUGAUGCUCAAAACGAAGGCAAUGUUAUUUAAAAGACAUUUGAUCGCCAAAGAUGAUAGAAGACAGAUUCAGCCAUCGUCAACUCUGUGGAGUAAAUGCUGAGAAUACAGCAUCAACGAUCUGAUCAAGAUACCGUCCCUCCCGAAUGUGACGUGUGUCACAGACAGGACGUGGAAUGCUGUUGGUUACAUGUUGAUAAGCAAUUGAUCAGAUGAAUAAAAGAUGUA